UCAGAUAUAGACGAAUGCCGGUUCAACUCUCACAAUUGCAUCAACAAUGCCAUCUGCAUUAACACCAAAGGUUCCUUUAACUGUAGUUGCAAACCAGGUUAUAGUGGGAAUGGCCAAAACUGUUCAGGUGGGUGCUUGCGAAGUUUUAUAUAUUUACUUAGGCUCGCCAAUCCUUGUAGGAUCACCGUUACAGCCCACACUGAAUUACUGGGGCCCGUAACAGUUCCUUCCUUCAUAAGAAAUAGACCACCACACAGUACGUGAGUUCUUCAUCGUCCCAAAGAAUUUAUUUGUGCCAGGGUUGUGAGAUGGGGACAACGAGAAGACUAAAAAGUCUAACCGUUUUCAGAUUUCUUCACCGUGUACUUUUUUGCACCUGUUUACGUUCUUAAGUUUUGAGUACUAUUGGUUAUAAAAAAUAAGUAAAGUAAACGGCACACAAGCAGAGAAGAGCUAUUAUAUUAUGUAAACGACUCCUCGAAGUAUAGAAAAACAAUCUGGUAUGAUGUGCUUUGCGCCUCGUAUCAUGUUAGAAACCAAAUUUAAAUAUAUGUGGUUCCUUUUUUAUUGAUGCAAAACAACUUGGCAGCGAGUUUCACAACAAAAGUGGUUCUUGUCACAUUAGCAGUGCUUGUAUAUUAGUUCAAUAAUCAGACCACCACUUUGUGGAAUUCCUCUAAUACGACAGAUAAUGCAGUUUUGCAGUGUUUAUGUUUAUCUUUUCUCGUACCAGCACCUUUAAAUUUACUGGGUUUAUCCUUCAGACAUAGAUGAGUGCAACGUUGCAAAUAAUAGCUGUCAUGAAAACGCUUGGUGUAAUAACACUCAAGGAUCAUUCUCUUGCUCCUGUAAGCCAGGAUACGAAGGUCAUGGAUACAAUAAUUGUACAGGUAAAAUUCCUUGGGUUUUUUCAAAUCCAUUUAAAACAAUUAGCCUUAGUUUGAGAGGUGACUGAUGACAUGUUCUGAAAUCAGUGCGAGAAAGGGAAUGUGUUUUAACCGUAACUGACUAUAUUUAACAAUUAUUCCUCGAGCCGAAUGGGCUCUGAGUCAAUAGCCCAUGAGACCGAAGCUGAAUGGGCUAUUGACUCAGAGGCCAUGAGGGCGAGAGGAAUAAUGUUUUUAGUAAAAUCCAACUGGUUGGUCAAAAAAUAUCGAGACAAAAUAACUUUAGCUAGCAAAUCGCGAUUCAGCCGCCAUUGUAUUCGGGCUUUCAAAGCCGGUACUUUUUACUACUGGUGGGCUACAACAUAUAGCCUAGUAGUAGCUCAACCAAUCAGAACGCAGCAUUGAUGAUAGACCACUAGUUGGAUUUUACUAAAUAGUUAUAUUAUACUGGUGGCUAUAUUCACUACCUGUUUGUUCAGGCAGAAUAGAUUUAAUAUUUACUUUAAUUAUCACUCAGACGCAGACGAAUGCCUGAACAACUCUCACAAUUGUAGCGAAAAUGCCACCUGCACCAACAUCGAAGAGUCCUUCAACUGUAGUUGCAAACCAGGGUACAUUGGAAAUGGCCACAACUGUUCAGGUUGGUUCUUGGAAUUCCUGUCUCGCUUUCCGUUAGUUUUGAGACUUCUGCUUAAGUACAAUAGGGUUAAUGUUCAGCAUUGCACUUUUAUAAAUUGAAGUAAAUUAAAGGAAAUUGUUACUAGCUCUUUUUAUAAUAAUUUCAUUUAUUUGUUCAUAUAUUACUUACUUACUUAUUCAAAUCUAACAGCUCAGUCGUCACGACUAUUGUGGAUAACGUCAGAGCUCAUCUCUAUGUAUUUGCACAAUGCGGAAAACCAAGAGGGAGUAACUUUUAACCCCCUAUUCUGUACUACGAUGGGAGUAUAAGAUAAGAUGGUUGACCGAGAUAAACAGUAUCCAUUUAUGAUCGACUUCUUGGAAAAAGAGAGAUCCGGCCGACAGCUUUUACUAACAUUUCUUAGAGGGGGGCUUCGUGGGUGGAAAAAUUCUGAAGUCAUUCUCAAUCACACAAAAAAACAGUUACACUUCGACAAACAGCUCUUGCACAAUUUUACUUUGGAUAGGAAUAUUAUGAUACAUAAUACGACCAAUAUGCCUGCCAGGUCAGGUUGUGGACUGAUAAAAGCCGAUCAAGCUCUUCUUGGCGGAUAUAAAUGAAGACACUACAUCACAACAUGUUAAUUAACUAUUAACACAGAUCACGACAUUACUAACACGGGGGAACUGAUUGUAUUUGUAGACUCUGUAUGAGCAAAGCUGAAUCACGAGAUCAUUCAAAAUUCAGAUGCAUUUACAAUGUAGUAACUAUGUCCCAAAACAAAAACUAAUAAUUGUAAAAAAAAAAAACUGGUAGUGCUCGAGGUGAUGCAUGGUUGAGACGCAUAUCAGCGAAUAAUCUACUUAAUUCCUUUAAAAAAUGUCAUUAGUCUCUUAAAAACACUAUUACGGCGAUGUCCAGUAGUCUUUGGACUACCCUUAAAAGAUUUGGUAUUAAUCUACACUUUCGUCAAUCCCUUUACUACAUCCUUCCGUCCACCUGGUCCAGGCGAUCAUCCCAUAAAAAUGUAUGCAGUUUUAUCUCGCGUUCCAGUAAGAGACACCUAAUCAGUUCGAUCUGCUAAGGUAGAUCCUUUGUUCAGUGUUCCUUAACUGAACCGUGCUAUAACUCACUUUCACGCUCUCGUUCAUUUCGGAAUUGUCACGUGGCUUUGCUGCUAUUCCUGGAUGUUUGCUACAGAGUUAACGGUAUUUUUUGUUUGUUUUGACUGGUUUUCUUUUUUAAUGUUAUUUUUCCUCUUUCUCUCUGUUCAUUAUCAUUCUAAUAUGCAUGCAUGCACGCAUGUUUUUUUUUUUCAAGAAAGAUUAGUCAUCCAUCCAGCCAUCCAUACAUUCACUUUUCCACUUAUCUACCUUUCUAUCUAAUCUACCUGCAGGACAUGAGGAAAAUGAGACUGUUGUUUGCUGUGGUAUGCAGAGAAUAGAUUCACUGGCCGUGAUAUUUUCUCAUCCAAAAAAACCUUUUUGUAUGAUCCAUGUGUUUUCAUUUUCAGAAUUUUCAAUAAACUCGACAAUAUUACAUGGAAAUCAGUAUUAUCUCAGACAUCUUCACCGUUUUCUUGCUAGCGCUCCAGAGGUUGGGGAGGAUUCUUCCUGGUUUCUUUGCUACAAUGCUACCUCACAGGGUUGGGGAGCCAUGACCUUCCAUGAUAGAUGCGACGGUAAAAAAAAUACUGUGACCAUCAUACAGAAAGACCAAUAUGUCUUUGGAGGAUACACUGACAUCCCUUGGGGUAAGAUUUGA